AUGCGAAUCCACUUGGGUGCCAAACACUUGAUGCCCUCCACCACGGGGCACGGGUGGUGUAAGGAGGUGGGGUCGGGCGAGCUGUCUGGAUGCAUGUUGAAGAAGAGUAGUGCAUCGCCCUUGAUGGGCUUCACUGAAGCCCUUGGCACAGUCAGGCCAGGAGUCAUCCCCUCCUGGAAGCACCAUCUCCCCUCCACCAACUCCCACACCUACUUCUCCCCCACGGACUUGUGCUCCCACACCUACUUCUCCCCCACGGACUUGUGCUCCCACACCUACUUCUCCCCCACGGACUUGUGCUCCCACACCUACUUCUCCCCCACGGACUUGUGCUCCCACACCUACUUCUCCCACACUGAGUUGAACUGCUUGGCAGGUACAUAUGCGUCACUGCAGAGAGAUGAGGUGCGGGAGGUGGGCAUGGUGCAACCAGUGACCUCGUCACUCGCCAGUCUCAUUGCUCUACCGUUUUGCUCCUCUGUACCCCACUGCCGUUGCUUCUCCCUUCCCCCAUUCCCAGUGUCCCUCCUCUCCAGGCGCUCAGCGGCCUCUCCAGCGCAUCCGGAGUCCCGGCUUGCUGCUAUCGUGGAAGUGGCUCUUCUGGCGGAUCACUACAGUUGCACAUGUAACUUCCCCUUAGAAGUGAUCACCUCUCCACUCUUCCUCUGCAAGCAUCUUUGUUGCUUCUCCUCUCCUCCAUCUUCCCCCCUACCCUCCAGCGCCAAGGCGUGCAUCUCUCCUCAUUCCCAUUUUCUCCCCUCCAUCAUCCCCCCCGCCACGCCCCCCAUCACCCCCCAGCUCUUCCAGCGGAUUACGGGGGGGAUGAUAUGA